UGAUGCGUCGACUAUUUCAGUCUUGUGAACUGCGCAGUGCACGAUUUGAACUGAUUGUGCCCUGUACUUUUGGUGCGAUUACUGUUUGGUAGGUGCUCCACAAAGUUAUUUUUGAGGUAAAGAAGCUUACGGUCUCCUUCCCGCGUGAAGCACUGCAUAGGCAUAUCUCACAUUUAUUAUGGAAUGUUUCCCUUUCCAAAUAUGGUGGCGCUAAUCAGAUUGUUUCCUGGGGUUCUAGGGGAAUUUGAGGCACCAAGUACACAACCUUAGAAAACUAGUAUUCAUUCCAUGGCAUGGAAACGUGUAAAAAAUGCAAAGGAUGAUAAAGGUACAGUGCUUGACAUUAACCAGUAGGGGUACCCCGUACUAAUGUACAACUAACGGCGUAUUUGCAAGCAGAAGUGCAAUACGGAUGUGGGUUACAUUUCUAUACUGAGUUGUGGAACUUGGCGCCUUUGUUGGGGAUGUAUAAUAAGGAGGAUUAAUUGGAGCAAUGAACCCAGAGGAGCAGACGGUUACGUGGCUAAUAUCGUUAGGGGUGCUUAAUUCACCCAAGAAAAACAUAGCUGACCCAGAGGAAUUUCUCAAAACAUCUCUGAAAGAUGGGGUCGUCUUGUGCAAACUCAUGGAGCGUCUCGUGCCCGGCUCAGUUACUAAGUACUGUCAGGAUCCGAGAAACGAAGCUGACUGCAUCGCCAAUAUCAAGGAGUUUUUGAGAGGAUGUACAACCCUGAAAGUGGAGGGCUUUGAACCAGAGUGCCUGUACACUGGGGAGAACUUUAACAAGGUCCUGACCACUCUGCUGGGAGUCAACUUUGCCACCCAAGACUGCGGCACAGAGAGGUCAUGUCCCCAGGCUGUCGCCUCUGCUCCUAGUCAGUCCACCUCCACACACGCCCUGUCCUCGUCCAGAUCCAGGUCCCUGCGGAGGCAAUCGAAGGCAGCGGAGAUGGCGGAGAAUGGCGGGGCCGGCCUGGUCCUGGUCAAGGCGCGUUUCCAAUUCAAGCAGAACAACGAGGAUGAGCUGUCGUUCAACAAGGGCGACCUGAUCAGCGUGUUUCGCCAGGAGGAGGGCGGUUGGUGGGAGGGCUCGCUCAACGGCAAGACCGGAUGGUUUCCCAGCAACUACGUCCGUGAGGUCAAGCCGUGUGAUAAACCUGUGUCUCCAAAAGCAACUCAGCUGACCAAGAACUACUACAGUGUGGUGGUGCAGGACAUCUUGGAGCAUGAACGGGAAUUUGUGAAAGAGCUGCAGACUGUACUGGGCUGUUACCUACGACCCCUCCAGGCCAGCGACAAGCUGAGCAGUUCAGACACAAGCAUGUUGACUGGUAAUCUGGAGGACAUCCUCACCUUCCAACAGGGUCUUGUUCUGGCUCUGGAGGAAUGUACCAAGGUUCCGGAGAGCCAGCAGAGAGUUGCAGCCUGCUUCCUGAACCUGAUUGGUCAGAUCAGAACACUGUACCUGUCCUACUGUUCCAGUCACCCUUCGGCUGUCUGCAUACUCACUGACCACAGUGAGGAGCUUGGUAACUUCAUGGAGAGCCAGGGGGCCAGUGCUCCUGGCAUCCUGACCCUGACCACCUCUCUGAGUAAACCCUUCAUGAGGCUGGACAAAUACCCCGUCCUGCUACAGGAGCUGGAGAGGCAUGUGGAGGAGACCCAUCCUGACCACGGUGACAUCCUGAAGGCGACAGCAGCCUUUAAGGGCUUGGUGACCCAUUGUCAGGACCUGCGGAGGCGUAAGAACCUGGAAAUCCAGAUCCUGUCGGAGCCAGUGAGAGGCUGGGACGGAGAAGGCAUGAAGUCUCUGGGCCAAGUAGCCUACAUGUCUCAGGUCCACAUGCAGAAUGGGCCCAAUGAGGACAAAGAGGAGCGCUACCUCAUGAUGUUUCCCAGUGUGCUGGUCAUGCUGUCCGCUAGUCCACGAAUGAGUGGCUUCAUCUACCAGGGAAGACUGCCCCUGACAGGCUGCACAGUCUCCAGGCUAACGGAGGACCCAGACAUUGGCAACUACGCUUUUGAGAUCACAGGUGGCGUGAUGGAUCGCAUCACAGUGUUCUGCAGUAACCCCCAGGAGCUGCAGGACUGGCUGGACCAUCUCCACUCUUACACCAAAGGAGCAAGCCCUGGUGGCACAAUCAUCAGGAAUGAGGGAGGAAAGACAAUCAGCGUGGUGGGUACCCCCGGUCAUCAGUCCCACCUGCCCAGCUUCAGCGCCCCUGGCCAGGCCAACCGGGGGCCCCUGGAGCCCCUAAAGACCCCCAAGCCCUGGUCCCUGAGCUGCCUGCGCCCCGCCCCACCUCUCAAGCCCUCGGCUGCACUGGGUUAUAAGGAGAGGAUGUCUUAUAUCUUAAAGGACUCCAGUAAAAGCCCGGGGCCCAUUAAGAAGUUCCUCCCAAAACGCAGACCAGAAAGAAAACCUUCCGACGACGAGUUCCUACUGCGGAAAAGUACAGCUGCUCUGGAAGAGGACGCCCAGAUUCUGAAGGUGAUCGAGGCCUACUGCGCCGGGGUCAGCAUGCACCAGGCCAACAGCGGGCUGCGGAAAGACAGUAUACCUCAGGUCCUGUUACCGGAAGAAGAAAGAAUCAUCGUGGAGGAGAUGAAGAGCAAUGGGCAGACCAUAAUCGAGGAAAAAAGUCUAGUUGAUGCUGUCUACGCUUUAAAGGAUGAGGUCCAUGAAUUAAAGAAGGAGAACAAGUGGAUGAAACAGUGCCUGGAGGAAGAGCAGAAAAGUCGGAAAGAGCUGGAGAAGGUGGUCAGGAAGCUGGCCAAACAGAAGAACGACUGUGUCUGGGAAGAUGGAGGCCAUUAAAAAACUUCCAACCGCUGUCCAACUUCUUACUGUGUGCGUGUGCGUGUGCGUGUGGCAUGCAUGUGCGAGAUAGCCGUGUGUGUGUGUGUGUGUGUGUAUUCAGUGUCCGCAUUUCAGUCCCUACAACACAGAAGAGUUGAACUCAUGGAUCGGGACAUUGGUUGGAACUACUCUCUUUUAUGACGCCGGCUCACCUACGCUGAACUCUUCAUCCUCUGUCAUCCCGAUCCAACCCUGUGGGAGGAAUUUAAAGCACAGACCCUGGGUCAUCCUGAUUGGGUGGUGCUCAAGCACCCUGAAAAGCUGAGACCAAUGAGAGGGGACGAACCAAGAGCAAAAAUUCAGAUUGGUUGCCUCUCACCUGCUGGCACUUUGGUCGCCUCAGAUUCAGUAUUUGACUGUCACCAGCUGCGUUACCACUUUCAUUUCAGUAGGAUAUUUGAUAGGAGCAAGAAGCCAUCUUUAGGUUCAGUAGGUGUUAACUUCCACGCACCCAUGUGUCUGUGUAGGGGAGGGACUCCCUGAGCCGUAACCAGGGCUUGGUUUUUCCCCACUCUACACCUGUUACAGCAUUUUCUCUGUUUUGUCUAUGAUUUGUCUGUUUUGGUGUUGAGGUUGAGUGGCGAGAGCGAGGUUUGCGUGGAGCUGUCGUGAGCAUCAUUGGCAUUUGGUGAUUUCUCAUUCUAGACAUGAGUCUCUGCGUGUCCAAGCUAUUUCUUGUUCAUUUCAGAUCGGUAAAACCUAUACAUGAAUUAUCAAACCGUUCUAAAUCCCGCUGAGUGGAUUUCAAAACCGAUUCUGUCCAAGCUGUUAUUAAUAUUAACAAAUGCGAUCCUUGCCUGUGAAUCCUCCAGCCUGCAUGGAUGUACAGUAUAUCAUAUUAUGUAUUAGAUAUGUGAUAAUAUAUACUCCUACGUAGUCCAAAGCUAUCAGGGAUAUAGAUUGUUUUAACAGAGAACAGGCAUAUAACAGUGUAUCAUGUAUGGAAUACAUACGUGAAGCUAAUGACAAUGUUGACUAUACUUUCUUGCCAGAGCUAUAUACAAAUAACAAUUGAACAUGUGUACUAAUAAUACCUAGCUUAUCUUUUUUUUUUUCUGGGGUUGAAAUAUAUAUAUUGCUUAUUUAUUUUCUAUUAAAACGGUUAAUUGUGUAUCUUGUAUGUAUGGUACUGGAAAGCCACUUGGGGCUGUAUCUUGGUUUCAGCAUUAUACUGGGCAUCAAUCCAACCCUCAUUGCAGAAACAAUUUCUAUAGAAUGAUAACCUGGUGCAAAGGGAAAAGUGCUUUAGGUGGACAUAAUUAUGACAUUUGAAAAAUGUUGUACCACAGGAAGUUGUGGUGAGGAACAGUGUUAUUUGUACGUAGUAGGCUAAAUCCAACAGUGAGUCUGGGUUACAAUUAAUGGAAUGUUAUUGCAUUUAAAAUUAGUGUCCUAAGAUGUGUUAAAAGCGACUCAAAGUAGUAAUGCUCACCUGUAAGCAGGUUUAUCCUAUCGACAUGACCCUAAAAAGUAUCCGAAAUAUGCACUCCACGGCUUUCUAAAUAUUGUUAACAGGAACAAUAUUCAUAAUGUCGUUUUAGUUAUCUUGGGAGUUAUCGCAGAGUGCCAGCAUGACUUACCCACGUGGCGAGCGAGCCAAUGCGCGUGGAAGAGUGAUCGCUGCUCAAAUGCCUUAUCGAAGGGAUGAAGUUAUGAUGACGGGUGCAGGACAGUUUUUUUUCCCCAAAAAAAUUAACCUGGCUGCUUUUCUGUAAUGUUUUUCCCCCAUUUCAAUGGGAACUGGGGGCACUGAUUGGAUGUCAAUGGGGACAGGUCAGAGGUGUGGUUGUGGAACCAGGCUCGUGAAAAACGAUUCCUUGGAAUCACAGCACUUGGUCUCCGGAUGACAUUUAAAGAAUGGCAUGCGCGGACAUCAACGCGAAGCAGUAGCAGGAACUGUAAGUCAAUGUUUUGCUUUGUCACCCAGACAUUUGGGCAAAGUAUCCUCACGACUUGUCCUGGAACCUUUUUCCCGAAUUUUGCAACAAUGUGCUGUGAUGGCUGGUCUUCAGCCAACAUGGGCCCUUGCCUGGUCCUGUUCUCUGGCCACUGUUUGCUCUAGUCUUGCUUUACGUUAGUUUACUGUAACAAUAUUGUGUUCAGGUUCCAUUGUUUACGUCAGGCCAGCAUGUUUUGUCGCCUGAACAGAUGGCCUAAAGCGUAAUUUGUUUGUUUUUAGUUAAGCUUAUUAUUACCGUCGAUGCUAUUGAAUUGUUUGCUUUUUUCCAAUCAUAAAGUGUCUUAAAGUGUUCAAUGCCUGGUAGCCUGAGCGAGCACUUAGAUGGAUAUGGCCUAUUGUAUCCUGUUCACGUCUUGUGUGGGCAAACCACUCCACGCGUCGUUUGAAAAAGUUAUUCUAUGCAAAAUGAUAACUGUUACAAAUAUUGCUUGUUUUUUAAGCGACUGCAUACAUUCACGUUAAGUUUUAAGUACGCUCAUUGUUUGAAUAAAAUUGUAAUUUGA